AUGACUAUUGCAACAAGGGCACAAGGACUUGCAGGAGAGACUGGUGAUACACAAGGCCCUGCUCCUGGACCAUCAGAAACCAAUGCAGAAGACAUCCAAGAUGAGGAUUUCGAACCGGACUUUCCCAAAGACAAACUAGCUUCACUAGAUGAUAAAAUAUCCAACCUUCGUUGGGUAGUGCCUGUAUUAGCAGAUCAGGAACUAGAAUGUCUACUAAAAGUCUCAAUAGACCUAGCCCGCCGGAAUCUAGACACCAGAUCGGAACCUUGCCAAAGGUUCUUCAGGGAAGGACUAACCACAUCUUUUACGAAAAUAUUAACCGACGAUGCUGUGUCCAGCUGGAAGCCCAAUAUACACGCGUGUAUCUUUCAAAAUUGCCUCAAACUAAUAGAACUGUGCGUGGUUAAGUUACCGCACGAUUGGUUCCCACUCUUGGAUUUGCUCGCCAUGGUCCUAAACCCAAACAAUAAGUUCCACAGCUUCAAUUCGUCAAGGCAAAGCGACACGGCGGGUCCUACUUCGAAUUUGUCUGAAGAAGAACUGUUUGCUAGGCCUUCUAACGAUCUGAGAAACCCCCGGGGUUGGCUGGUAGAUCUUAUAAACAAAUUCGGUGAGCUAGGUGGUUUUCAAAUUCUCUUAGAUAGGUUCCAAUCUGGAAAGAACUUGAGUAUAUCUAUAGUUUUCGCUCUGCUAAGGCCUUUCGGUUUGUGUUAUGAGUUUUUAACCACACACACUAUUAAUAAAUAUAUUUUACCUAUAUUAGAAAUGAUACCCGGUAUACUAGAUAAGUUAACAGACGAGGAGCUGAAGAAGGAGGCAAAAAAUGAACAAAAGAGCGAUAUAGUUUCCGCCAUUAUCAAAGCAUCCAAAAAUUUAGCAUCGAGGGUUCCUAAUCAGGACGAAUUGAUACGAACUUUGGAGGGUUUUAGACUUACGAUGAUACUUAGGCAGUUGCAAAUAUCCAGUUUUAAUGGAAAGAUGAAUGCACUCAACGAAAUCAACAAAGUCAUCUCUAGCGUUACAUACUAUCCAAAUAGGCACCACGGAAUGGAGGAGGAAGAAUAUCUAACGCCCGAACGCAUGGCCAAAUGGAUAAAUGAAAAUAAAGUAUUAGAAAUAGUUUUGAGAGAUUCUCUACAUCAACCGCAGUACGUCGAGAAGCUAGAAAAAAUCCUGAGGUUCGUCAUAAAGGAACGGGCGUUAAGUCUGGACGAUCUGGACGCCGUUUGGGCGGCCCAAGUUGGCAAGCACGAAGCUAUCGUCAAGAACGUACACGAUCUGCUAGCGAAAUUAGCGUGGGACUUCAGCGCCGAACAACUAGACCAUCUAUUUGAAUGUUUCCAAAACAAUUGGACCUCGGCUUCCAAGCGGCAGCGAGAACGCCUGCUGGAACUGAUCAGAAGACUCGCCGAAGACGAUAAAGACGGCGUCAUGGCCCAUAAAGUGCUGACUUUAUUUUGGAAUUUAGCCCACGCGGAAGAUGUACCGACCGAGAUUAUGGACCAAGCGCUCGCGGCGCACGUCAAGAUAUUGGACUACAGCUGUUCGCAGGAAAGAGAUGCGCAGAAGACUGUUUGGUUGGAUAAAUGCGUGGAAGAGUUGAAAAACGGCGAGCUAUGGGAAUUACCGGCUUUGAAGCAGAUCAGAGAAAUUUGUACACUCUAUGAGCAAAACACGAAUGGCGGUCACACCCAACGCACUCACCACAUCUACUACAGACAGGAGGUGAUAGAACGGUUGCAGAAUCAACACUCUCUAGUAAUCUUAGUAACUAACAGCCUUUGUAACUACAUGGAUAGGUUAAGGGAAUUGUUCAAAGAAAAUCCCGAAUUAACCAGUGAAACUUACAUACCGGACGGCAGGUACUGCCACGCCUUGCAAGUUCAAGAAAGACUGAAUUUCCUCAGAUUUCUCCUCAAAGACGGACAAUUGUGGCUGUGCGCGGAACAGGCGAAGCAGAUAUGGCAAUGCUUGGCGGAGAACGCGGUGUUCCAAAGUGAUAGGGAGGCAUGCUUUAAAUGGUUUUCUAAAUUGAUGGGAGACGAACCCGACUUAGAUCCCGGUAUUAAUAAGGACUUUUUCGAAAACAACAUUUUGCAAAUUGAUCCGGUUUUGUUAACUGAAAGCGGCAUUAAGUGCUUUGAACGAUUCUUUAAAGCCGUCAAUAUGAAAGAAGGAAAAGUCAGGUAUAAAAGGAGGUCCUUACUAACUGAAGAUCCCGACUUAAUAGGCCUGGAGUAUUUGUGGAAAGUGGUGACUCUAUGCGCAAACGAUAUAGCUAAUAGAGCUAUUGAAUUACUGAAAGAAGUUAGUACGAAUUUAGGCCCUAGACUGUCCCAAUCGCAAUUAGUUUUUCACGAAAAUUAUAUUACUGAUUGCUACGAUAGAUUACGUGCUCAUUAUGAUACUUUAAGUAUCCUUCAAAAAUCUACAAACGAUAAGGAUUUUGAUACUGAUCAAAUUCAAAACAGAAUCAAAGCAGAAGCUGUAAAAAUCUGUAGGGUGCUAAAAGUCUUACACGAAUAUAUUUGUGAGUGCGACAAUGCUUUCGUAGGAGAAAGGAAAAUUCUACCAUUGCAUAGGGCAUGUCACGGAAAGCAUCUCACCCUCAUUGUCAGGUUUUCUAGUCCUAAUAGGCAGGUGGAAGAUUUGGAGCUAUACACGCAUUCGAAUGACACUUUGGCUUCGCUCAGGAAGUACAUUUUAAGGAGGAUAAAACCCGGGAUUCAUUGCAAAUUGGAACUGUUUGUAAACGGCGAACCACUAGAACCUACAGAGGACAGAAAGCUGCUCUCCCAGAUUCCCAUCAGAGAUAAAAUGCUAAUAUCUGCCAAAGUAGUUCAAAUAAAUUCCAAUAUGGCGUCGUCGCAAGACAGUAGUUCGGAUAGUUCAACUUCAUCGCCUCACCAUCCAUAUGAUGGGCCCAAUGUAGAAGCGGAAAAUUUACUGCCUGGGGUGUUGAUGUCUCAACAGCCGUUUUACGCUCAAUUUUUCUGCCAGCUGAUGAAUGUGGGCAGCACUCUACCGUUCCCGACGUUGAGAGAUAUGGGUCAUGCACUUCUCCAGUUGAUGCCCUGCGAUAUAAUAACAAUGGAGAAACUUAAGGUGCUUUUUUCUGCUCCUGGAGAACAGAAUAUCACUAUGGAUACUAUGUUUUUUAGCGCAUCACCUGCAGAGGUACUGUACAACUUGGAAGUGCUGUAUUCCAUGCUGAUGCCCGCUUUGGACGCCUUGUCUGAAAAAUCAUAUGAAUUCCAAUACAGUUUUCUAAUAUCCGGAGAAGCCCAUGUGUUUUUAGAAAUGCUAACCAAAAAUAAUUUCAUGUCAAGCGCUGAUAACGUCUCCAGGCGAUCAGCUUAUCUAGUUGUAUUAAAAAUUUGUAAAUUGAUACUGACCUCGGUAGCACAUGUGUUGGUGAGGCUGAGCGAAGACCAUACUCCACCUGAAAACGAGUCUGUCAACGAGAAUACCACAACACCUGGCACGUUUUUGAGACAAGCGUUGAGAAACGUCCCAGGCCACUCGGAUCACCUUCUACGUCAAGUAUCCAUAAAACUAGCCCAGGGUUUAGCCCAACUGAUGGUCGCCGAAACUGGAAAUACUGGACAAGCGCAAGCUCUGUUCAGCCAAGCCUUGAAUUGGGAGUUGCCUGAUCUAGCGACGACCCUGGCUUUGGUAAGGCUCGUGUGGGCGGCGAGUAGUAACAAUUUGGGCGCGGUAAACGCAUCUUUAGAAAACCUUCACGCUUUAUCGGAGGCUUGCAAUAAAAGUACUGCGGAUCUGAUAAAUGAGGAUGUGAUGUUGUGUAAAGAAGCUCUCGAAUUACUGAGUACCGCUGUCGUCUUAAAUCCGAGCAGCCUACAGCAUCUCUACCAGGACAAUUGGUGGCCUUACUUCGUUACCGACUUAGUCCUGGUCAAUCCCAAUUGUUCCAUACGAGUGGCGGCUGCUGAGCAGCUGAUAAUCAUCUGUACAUGCGGCGCUGGUAGUCGAUUAGCCCUGCAAUUAAUAAAGCCACUUCUGUUUUCUCUCAUUAACACCAUAGUCGUGGAAAACGCCAAUACGUCCCAUGAGUUUUUUCAGCUGCUUUGUCGGCUUGUCAAUGUUGCGUACCUCACUGGCUGUCCCAUCAACGGCGUGGAAACCCUGCUGUCUAACGAAGUCGCGUGGUUACGUAAAGCUAGAGAUAAGCACGAAGUAUUAAUCGAGGGACAUCUCCUCUUAGCCAAAGAACUCCUGCUCUUCAUCUCAUCGGAGCAAAAAUGCGAAUUGGGCAGCGCCGAAUCCGGUAGCCUGAUCAAGGAAUUGCUGGAAGACUUCUUGUUUCCGGCCAGCAAGUUGAUGUUGAGACUGAACAAGACAGGUCAAUUGGGAGAGGAUCCAGCUAUUCCAAUUUGUGAUACUCCCCAAACUCAAGCAGCGGCUUUUGAUCUUCUCAUCGCUUUGUGCUUGAACUGCGUACAGAACUACAAGCAGCUGGUCAAUAUGUUGACGGAAAUGUUUUAUUCUGAUUCCGAAACCUCAAUAACCGAAUGGGACUACCUUCCCGCCGUUGGUCCUCGUCCUUUUCAAGGUUUCGUGGGUUUGAAAAAUGCCGGCGCAACUUGCUACAUGAAUUCCGUAUUGCAGCAGUUGUAUAUGGUUGAUAGCAUUAAGGAAGGCAUCUUGGAUGCCGAAGGUGCAGCUACUGAUCCAAACGAAGAUUUUACUGGCGAAGAGCGACUGGAUUUAGACGUCGACUGUACGGACGACAGAAACAGUUUGGACGAUAACAGAAAAGAUUACAACGUUGGUAUAUUAAAGCAAGUGCAAGCCAUAUUCGGCCAUCUUGCUUGUUCGCGCCUUCAAUAUUAUGUGCCUAGAGGACUUUGGAGACAUUUCAAACUUCAAGGCGAACCAGUGAAUCUAAGGGAACAGCAAGACGCAGUUGAAUUUUUUAUGUCACUAGUGGAAAGUCUGGAUGAAGCUUUAAAAACUUUGGGUCACGAGCAGAUAAUGUCGAAAAUUUUGGGCGGUUCCUAUUCGGAUCAGAAGAUCUGCAAAGGUUGUCCGCACCGUUAUUCCAAAGAAGAACCAUUUAGUGUGAUUAGUGUAGAUAUUAGGAACCACAGCAGCCUGCCGGAUUCCAUGGAGCAAUAUGUCAAAGGCGAAUUGCUGGAAGGUGCUGACGCGUACUACUGUGAGAAGUGCGCGAAAAAAGUAGUGACUGUUAAGCGACUCUGUGUUAAAAAACUGCCGCCUAUCUUAGGUAUCCAAUUGAAGAGGUUCGAAUACGAUUUCGAACGAGUGUGCGCCAUCAAAUUCAACGAUUACUUCGAGUUCCCGCGCGAUCUCGACAUGGAGCCCUACACGGUGUCUGGCUUGGCGAAAAUCGAAGGAGAAAUUAUUGACUGUGAUCUAGAUCCUAGUACUAGCGACGUGUGUACCAAGUAUCGCCUGUCUGGGAUCGUUGUGCAUUCUGGACAAGCUUCCGGUGGACACUAUUACUCGUAUAUUAGAAGUAGGGAUCUCUCUGGGGAAAUUAGGUGGUAUAAAUUUGACGAUGGUGAUGUAUCGGAGUGCAGAAUGGGAGAAGAAGAAGAAAUGAAGGUGCAGUGUUUCGGCGGUGACUAUAUGGGUGAAGUAUUUGAUCCCAUGUUGAAAAGAACGACUUACAGGAGGCAAAAAAGGUGGUGGAAUGCGUACAUGCUGUUUUACACAAGGCAUGACAUCGAAGAAGAGAGUGCCUUGAAAAUGAUGAGUCAGUUAACACUUUCUGGUACGAGAAAAGAAACGCAUCUGAAAAUGCCCGUCGCGAUAGAGAACAGCAUACGAAAGCAAAACAUCAAAUUCCUACAUCAUAGGAGUCAAUUUUCCUUAGAAUAUUUCACGUUCGUGAGAAAAUUAGCAACCAGCUCGGCGCAAGGCAACACCAGGCAUAGUCAGCCGUUGCCGAACGACCAAUUGGAGCAACAGUACCUCCUCAGUGUGCAACUAGUCAGUAAUUUCCUCUUCCACACUGGGUGGCAUACCAAAAAAAAUCUCAGGGGUCCCGCUAUGGAAUGGUGUGACGUCCUCUGUCUGCAUCUACGUACCUCUCCCGUGAUACGGUCGUGGUUUGCGCACAACAUGCUCUUCAACCACAUGUCACGCUUCUGUGAAUACCUACUGAGCUGUCCGAGCAACGAGGUCCGAUCGGCCUUCAUCAAAAUCGUCGUACUUUUAGCGCAUUUUUCCAUCAACGACGGCCCUUCGCCGCCACCUGCUGCGUUCAACAACAACGACACCACUGGCUCUCUCAGCGAUCACAUUCUUUGGGCGCUGCUGAGUCUGCUGCAGAGGGAAGUCAGCGAGCACGGUCGGCAUUUACCUCACUACUGCAGUGUGUUCCAUACGUAUGCCAAUCAAGGCGUUCAAGAGAAGACGCAGCUGCUUAGGAUGAACGUUCCGGCGACUUUCAUGAUGGUAGCGCUCGACGAGGGCCCCGGCCCGGCCAUAAAAUAUCAAUUCACUGAAUUAGGAAAACUUAAUCAAUUAGUAUCUUGUUUAAUAAGGUGCUGCGAUGUGAGCAGUAAAUGCCAGAGUAGUAACGGAGGUCCCGUAUUACCGAAUCCAUACAAAGAUCCCUCCAUCCAGGAGUACAUUAUGCCCAUAUCCAGUCAAGCUGCCGAAAUUCUCUUCAAUAGGACUGUAUAUAUUAAAAAAGUGAUAGAAGAUACAAAUUUGACUGAAGAUGCUAUUAAAUUUUUGCAGUUCUGCUCGUGGGAAAACCCGCAUUUCUCUAGAACUAUACUCUCAGAGCUGUUAUGGCAGAUAGCCUACGCUUAUUGUCAGGAACUUAGGCAUCAUAUUGAAAUUUUAUUAUCAAUUUUGCUAAUAGAAGACUCAUGGCAGACCCAUAGGAUACACAAUGCCAUCAAAGGUGUUGCAGAAGAACGGGAAGGACUUUUGGAAACGAUCAACCGUGCCAAGAAUCACUACCAAAAGAGGGCGUAUCAGUGCAUCAAAUGUAUGGUAGCGCUUUUCAAUCGAUGCCCGGCCGCCCAGACGAUGCUGAUGCGACAAGCGGACGUCAGGAGAUCUUGGGCUUCAGCGGUGGCGUGGCUACAGGACGAACUCGAACGAAAGUACCCGCCUAACGCGCAGUUCUCCUACAACACCUGGUCACCGCCGGCGCAGAGCAACGAAAGCUCCAAUGGCUACUUCCUCGAAAGGUCGAACAGCGCGCGCAAGACCUUAGAAAAAGCGCUGGAACUGAUGCCCGAGGUAGAGCGUGAAGAGGAAGAGAUGGGCGAGGAGCAGCCACAGCAGCAGCAACAGCCUCCCGCCCUAGACGAAACCGCCCCCAUCGCGGAGGAGCAACCGCCGCAGCAGCAGAACAGUGACAAUUCUGCCGAACUGCCGGAUGUCGCGCAGCGAAACAAAAACCGACAGGAUAGGUAA